GGUAUUUCUAUACCAUUCAAGCGCAGCUAACCAAUUCAUCCACUACCAUCGUCCGCUACCGAAUGAUGUCAGUACCUUUGAGCGGUUUGGUCGGAAUAUCGCAGUGGAGCCAAGGUAAGGCCAUGCUCCGAGCUACCUAGUAAGAGAACACAAUGUCUAAAUCUUUAUUAGGUCUCGAGCAGUUGCAGUCAGUGCCGCUUGUGGGUAUUUCGGGGUCUUUAUCUUGAAACCACCACCUGCUUUGCAGGUGCAGAUGUCCGAAAACCAGCUAGAUCCAGUAGCGGAGGAACGUUUUUUUCGUGUGGAAGGCGAUAUCUUAUUCAUGGAAUUUCUCUACCCAAAAACUGAGGAUGGGGAUAAGAUCAUUCUGCUUCUCUUGGUCUCCCAGGACCAAAUCACACAUGCUGUAUGUUACGAAUGGAAUGCACAUCAAGCUUUACGCCAAGCACAUCCACUUGUAACCAAGAAGUUGCUCCCAUUUGAGGACCGACUCCCUACGAUGCUGAUCCCUCUAACAAAGACGUCAUCCUUCAUGUUGAUCACAACUACCUCCAUGACCAUUUACAAGAAUAAGCUCGAUCCCCAGAUACAACCUAAUAGGUACCCACUUCCAGUUCCCGACCGCGAACCCCAGAGAUCUCCACUCUGGACGCGCUGGGCGAGACCCUUGCGUAAUUGGUUGUAUAACCAGAAGCACGACGAUAUCUACCUUUGCCGUGAAGAUGGACGAGUAUUCUACUUAGGCAUCGGCAAUGAAGGCGAGGUUGAGAAUCAGGCUCACCUCGGACGCCUUUGCUGUGAUGUCGAUGCCGCUUUUGAUAUUUUGGAUAUCGGACACGAGGGUGGAGAUCUCCUUCUAGCGGCCGGGAAUACGGGAGAUGGCGGUUUGUUCGUUCAGAAGGCCAGAGAUCAUCCAAGAUGUGUUCAGAAGUUUCUAAACUGGACACCUGUCACUGACUCCGUUAUUUUGAAGGCCCCAGGGGCUUCCACAGGAAGCAUUCAUGGCGAUCGCUUAUUCGUCUGCUCUGCAUCAUCCUUUGCUCGGGGUGCCGUUGUUGAGCUGCGGCACGGCAUCGAAGCCCAAAUCGGCUAUGUUAUAUCUCUAGAAGAGCUAUCAGGAACGAGGGAUAUAUGGAUUCUGCCGGACAAUACCAAUGGAGGUGUCUUCAUGCUCACAUCUGAUCCUGUGUCUUCCACCGUUCUACAUCUUCCCGCUAAUUUCGGUGAAGAAAUAUCCGCCAUUGAUGAAACCGACUGCGGACUGGACUUAAAUGCUCAAACUUUAGCAGCAGGAUAUACCGAGUUGGGCGUUUUAAUCCAGGUGACGGACAAAACGAUACUCCUUGGAGCUACUACUGAAACUUGGUCUAGCAGUCGUUUUGACCUGAACCCUAGUCAGAUUGUGACCGUUGCUGCUGUCCAUGGUCAAACAUCCCUCAUUUGUGCGGUCAUAAGGACUCAGCAAGAAAUUCAUCUCCAUCUGAAGAAGAUCACUUCGAACGGUGCGAAGCUGGAACUAUCAGAUAUCGGCCAGCCAGUAGAAAUCCAUUGCGAACCGGUAUGUGUGUCCAUCGAAGAGUUCGACCUAGGCGCUCUCGUCUUCAUAGGUACGGGCGAUGGCAAACUUCUGGUCUAUCGUGUCGGAGACUCCAUGACUCUUUUACUCGAAGCCAGCAUCGAUGUGGAGAGUGAUGAUGAUAUAUCAAAAGCCGUGGACAGCCUUGCGAUUGUCAGUCAGGGUAGAAACAGAGCAUGUGCCAAGUCUACCCUACUCUGCGGUCUACGUAGUGGCUUUCUGGUACCCUUUGAGAUCACGAUCAACCCGGGUUGUGCUUCUUCUCCACUAGUGAUGCGACAAGCAGCACCUCAGCACCUAGGACACACCUCGGUCAAAGUACAAGGCAGGGGGACUAAUGCUUUAUUGACCUGCAGCAAUGGGUUUUGGCAGGUAGUAUGUCCUCGAGAGGACGAGACGUCGGAUUGUACGGUUCAAAGAAUAUGGAUUACCGACCAAAAUAACCCUGCCUACCAUCCGAAAAGCAUACACAGUUUCGCCACGUUGAAUUCAGCCGAUGCUGAGAAGAACAGCCUUUCAGGAAGCCUGUUCUGCAUUGCAGAUGGGCAGUUAAUAAUCUGUACAUUGUAUCAAAAUGUGAGAACCAUCCCGCGAAGGAUAAACCUACCAGGAAGUGCCCACAAGUUAGCCUACUCGCAACAUUUACGAAGUUUAAUUGUCGCAUACACCCAAACUACAUUUGAAACAGAUUCCGAUCCAAUCAAGCGUUAUACACGACCGCACAUCGAGUUUGUGGAUCCAGACUUGCAGCAUCCAAUUGAUGGCACCCUUGAGAUUGAAGGGGCCGAGGAAGAAAAGGAUAAACCCUGGCGGCCACGCGGGGCAGCUGGGGAGAAAAUCAGUUGCAUUUUGGAAUGGACGCCCAGAAAAGGUGAUGAAGAAUAUCAUUUUAUUAUCAUUGGCACUUCCCGGCGCACUCAUCCAGAUCGUGGGCGAGUUAUCUUUCUCCAAGCCUCGCGUGACCCGUCCUCCCCUUCCCGUAUUGAGUGCUCUGUCAAAUACAUUCAUAAGUUUGAAAGCCCCGUCUACUCAAUAGUUCCCUACGGCGAUUUCACGUUAAUGGUCUCCACCGGCCAUGAAAUCGUAUCGUUGGAGCCCAAAAUCUCACCGUCCCGCCGGGCUCGCGUUGCCAGGUAUACAGUGCUUUCCCCAGCCGUUUCGAUGUCUGCGCACGAACCAUAUCUCUACUUGUCGAGCUCGAGAGAAUCGCUCCUCAUCCUCAAAGCGUCUGAAGACAAACUCCUUCUUCAUGGCUACGAUCGUCAAAAGCACGAUGGGCUCUCCCAUAUUCAUAUUGGCGGUGAAAUGAAACUCACUCUAACCUCGAGCAGAGGGGGUCGGGUGAGUUUGCUCACAGAAAAUGGAGUGACAGAAAACGACAAGAUGAUGCCUACCGCCCUCUGCGAAGCCCAUCUGCCUUCCUCAGUCAUGAAGCUAAGCUCCAGUUCCAAAAUGUCUCCUCUCUCCCCAGGCUCCCAGGUCUUCUACGGCACUGCUAUGAACGGUACAGUUUACCGUUUCUUGACCCUUGGGGAAAAGGAAUGGCGUCUCUUGCGCCUCUUGCAGAAUCUCUGCAUCCGAGACCCUAUAAUCUGUCCCUUCACACCAAAAAGAAAAAGACAGCGCAACCCUAUUGGCCAUGAGCCUCACGAAUUCCAGCCAUCCCAAAUGCACAUUGACGGCGAUAUACUGGCUCGUCUAGUCACACGAGGGUCCAGCUAUCUGAUGCAUAUGUUGGUUGCGGAGGAAUUCUAUAACCCCUCCAAUGUGGAAAAUGGCUCGGCACAGGCGACCUUUGAGAGGUUCACUAGCCUAGCCCAAGAUGUCCUCGGGGAACCCACCAGCCCAGUUGAGGGCGUCAUGAGGUGGUUGAAGAACGCAUUUCAUGUAGAGUUUUAAGAGACUCGAGAGGAUGUAUCUUCUAUAAUAACUACCUAUCUAGCACCUACCAAAAUCCAUCACCGGUUUCAUUCACUUUUCCAGGUUCCAUGUCAGUCUUUAAAUAAUCUU